AUGGCGCAGGGCCUUGGGCUGCGCACGCUGGUCGCGCUCACCGCUGCGGGCGCCGCCCUCCCUGCGCACGCGGAGGAGGUGGAUGCCGGCCCCCUCAGCCCGCCCUCCGUGCUGGACUGCGCCUACGACGCCGAGUGGGACGCCUUCCGGAGGGCGCUGCAGCGGAACGUCGCGGAGGGCUUCCGCUCUGAGAACGGUGUCUUUCAGAUGGCGGACGCCCUGAUCUCCCGGCACCUGCUGACCUUCCUGGCCUUCCAUCGCUCGAAGGACCCCCACCCAUCCAACGAGUUCUUCCACGACUGCAAUCGCGACACGCCCCAGGGGCUCGUCUGCCUGUACGGCAUGCUCUGUGCCUUCUUCAUCCACCACAUCUAUCUGCGGGCCAAGAUCGAGGGCCCAGAGGCGUCGGCGGACGAGAGCGAGCGGGAGGUCUUCGUGCAGUCCACGAACACGGCGAGGCGGGUCUGGCCCUCCCCGGGGAGACUGGCGGACUUCUUCGACUCCUCGGGCUGGCCCUUCACGCUGGCCAAGAUCGCGGGCGUUCUGGCGCCGCCGGAGGAGGGGGCCGUGCCGCCCGGGGUUGCGCUCCGGUGGGUACUGGUCGGGGUCGUCCAGGCUACAGGUUUGGACCCCCCCGAUCUCCCCGAGCGCGCGCCGGAGGCCCUGCAGAGUGGGGCCAGCCCCGUGCGGCCGCUGGUGGCCGCAGCCGAGAUGGCCGCCGCGGCCGAGGGCCGCCCCGACGGCCACCGCCGACGGCCGCCGGCGGACGUGGAGGCCGAGCCCGGCCACGGCCGCGCGGGGCGCUGGCUGCCGCCGCCGGGCGCCUCGCCGCGGGCCGGGGCGCGCAUCGUGGCGUACGUCACAGGCACGCACAGCGCGCUGGCGAAGGAGUCCGCGGACAUGCUGGGGCGGUUCGCGGGCGGCCUGCUGGGCUACGACAUCGUGCCUGUGGUGGAGGUGGCCGAUGACUACCACUGCUCCUUUAUGGACUGCGACGGAGGCGGCGGCGCCGGCGAGGCGCUGCUGGGCGAGGGCGCCGCGGCCAGGGGCCCGGCGCGUGGGCCCGUCGGGCUGCGGGAGCUGGGGGCGCGGCACUUCCGGCCGCGCUGGAAGGGCCUGGAGACAUCCCGGACCUGCCCGGCCUCCUCGCGGAGUUCCGGGCCCGCCUGGCGGCGCACCCGCUCGGCCGCGAGGCGGAGCUCUUCGUGUGCACGACGCCGGCCGUGCUCUGCAGCCUGUUCCUGGGCCUCGGAAGGCCGCUGCUGGGCUACCUCGGGGAGCCGGUGCUGCUCUCCGUGCGCGAGGAGGGACCGAUCCGCCUGGUGGCUCACCUUUGAGCGCAUGGUGUCGGACAGGCGCAAUUUCUUCGCGUGCUACAACCCGUUCCUCGCCUCCAUGGUGGAGUACCAGACGGGCUUCGUCCUACCGACCAUCAGGCUCCACGGCCUCUACACGGAGGCGACCUACUCGCCAUCCGGCGGGAACCGGGUGCUCGUGGUCAAGGGCCCGAACAUCUGCGUAGACUCGGUUUGUUUGCUGAACCGCUUCACGUCCGGAAAGUCGAGGCCCCCGCCGGAGGAGUGCGAGGGCCCGAGGCCUUGCUUCUUGGGCCUGGACGAGCUCGGGGGGCUGCCAUACCGCGAGCUGGCCGCAUUCCGCGCGGUCGUCAUGUAUCCCUACGACGUCGCCCUGGCCAUGUUCUACGAUGGCGCUCGCGGUUUCGAUGGGCGUGCCCAUCUUAUUGCCCCACGUCGACCACUUGCGCUUCUUCGUCUUCCGGGGACUCCACAGCCACGCGGAGUACCACCACGUCCAGGAGGCCAGCGGCCGCAACGGCAGCCAGGGGCUGGCGCCCUUCGUCCCCGCGCUCGGCGUCCGGGAGUGGUUCUCGGCGGCGGGGCCGUGGGGCGCGUGCACGGACUUCGCGCUCUUCCCGCACCUGCUGCGCUUUCGGACCGUGGCGGAGCUGCUGUCCGUGCUGGCGCCGGGAGCGACCGACUGGCUGGCCGUCUCCGCAGGGAUGAGGCGCUUCAACGAGGAUCGGCCCUCGUGCGCUCCGCUGGCCAGUGGGCCUCGGGAGUGUCGGCGGCGCUGGCGGGCGCGGCUGGGGCGGAGCGGCGCGCGUGGGCGCAGAAAGCGGCCCGGCGCCUCGCGAUGACGGCCGGCGGCGCACGGAAGGCACGGUAG